AUGUUUGAUGAUUGUGCAGCAACCACAAAAAUGAAUAGUGAUGAAAGUAAAGGGGAUUAUGCUAUUUGUAAUAGCAAGCUAGAUAACAAAUGCUUUAUAGCAUGGAGUCCUUUAGAAGAAAACAAGUGCUUAUUUAAACAUAGAUAUGUUUCAUGCAGUAGAUCGGUCCCACGUAAAAGCAAACGUUUUAUUCGAUAUAAAAUAAAUAGAUCUUUAAAUUUUGAUGCAACUGUUCAUAAUUCUAGUUCAGAGAACAGUUCUUUCGAAGAAAACAAACAUCUAACACGGUCUGCCAAAAUAAUGAGAGCUUUAGAUUUUAAUAGCAGUCCUGCUUAUUAUGGAAAAACAAAAAUAAAGAAAUCGUUAAAUUUCAAUUUAACUCCUAGCCCAAAGAGGUUUACACCUGUAAGGAAAAGUAUACGAAAAUCUUUAAGUUUGAACUUCAAUUCUCUUUUGUCUGUUCCUAACAAAUUUUUAAACUAUGAUGACAACCCAAGUGAUUCUGCGAAUAGUAGUUUAAUAUUUUCAUCUUCUGAAUCUAUUGAUGAAAAUCAGAAUGAAACACCAUUACAACAAGAUACAAAGGAACAUGAAAUGCUACAUUAUUCUACACCUAAUGCAAAAUUAAGCAGGAAAUCACAAUGUUCAGCUAGUUUUAGACCAUUAUUACGUAGUCGACUGAAAGAAACUAUUGAUAAUAUUGUGUAUGUGACAGCAACACCUACUUCACAAUCAUUAAAACGCAUUAAAAACAGGUCAAAAUGUACAAACGAUAUAGGAAUGAAUACUUCGAGAAACUUGUUUUACGAAUUUUACGACAAAGACGACGAUAGACCGUGCACACCUGAAAAUGUAAUUUGUAUAAUUCCGGAAAGUAUGAGUGCUAUUAAAAGAAGCCAUAAGAAGGAAAGGUCGUCGAGAUGGAGUGACCGUUGUGUAACACAAUUUCCAAGUAGCUUUACAAACGACGAGGACGUACUUCAAAAUAGAAAACAUGUCGAUCCAUUGCAAGAUUCUAAGUCGAAUGUGAAUCUGCAUACUAAUAAAAAUUCGAACUGUAAAGAAUUAGCGUUAAGUCGUUCUGAAGAUGAUAUGUCAGACACUGGUUCACUCUUUGACUAUACAGAAGAACAGGAAAAUGUUGUAGAAGAAUCUAAGAAUAUAUUUGAAAAUAUCAAAGUAAAAACAGAAGAAAAUGCAGAAAGUUUUUCGGAAAUUGAAGAUUUAAGUAAAAAUGAUUUACUUCAAGACAGUAACAGCACUAAUGCAAAUAAUUUAUCCAAUCGAAAUAUCGAUUUAAUAGCUGAUGAUAAGAGAUCGGUAACUCCAGAAUUAGUGGCAGAAGUAGCAUUAGAACUGCAAAAAUCAGUUACCCCCGAGAAUCAUAUAAAUAUUUUAGAAAGAAUUGCUAAGGAUUCUAUAAAAAACUCUCAUAAAAAACUUAAAGAUACUAACAAAAGGAGAUUAUUCAGUCCAAAAGUUCUACAAGGUAAACUUGAAGCUGCGGAAGAACAAGGGGGUACAAGAUGUUGGCAAAAUUUUGAACAGCACGAAGAUAUACAAGAUAAUAAAAUACCCGUAGAGCAGAAUUAUCUUGACGUAUUAAGAGGGGAACGUUCGUGUACCCCUGAGAAGGUAAAUUCUAGCAGACUUUUACUGACGCAAUUUAGUUCUGUUAAAAAAUCUCAUAAAAAAGACAAACAUAACAAAAUAUUGUCUGGGUUUUUAAAACGACAGGAAUAUUUUAAUAAAGAUAUGGAAUUGGUAAAAAUUUGCAAACAUAAAGGAUUUAAUAGUGAUUAUACAUCCGAAUGUAAAGGCAGUGCAGAAGAUUUUUCUUCGGAUUUAGAUGUCAGUACAAAUAUUGAAGACUCUGCCUUCUCGGUGGUACACGUUGACGCGAAUACGUCUUUGGAUAAAUUAUCUCCAAGUAAAAGGAAGAAAUCGCUGGAUAUAUCGGCAGAUUAUGAAACAAGCGUAUCAUGCAAUUCUGAAUUAGAAGAGUGCGAUACAUCGAAGGAGGAAUUUAAAAUUUUCACGCCUCUAAAAAGGAAAAGAUCUCUAAUUGCAUCUGCUGCUGCUAAAGAGCAUUUGAAUUUUUACGGCAUACCAUCUGUGAAAAUUGAACUUGCAGAAAAUGUUGUUGCGGAUAUUAGUUUAUCCCGGUGCUUGACACCUGUACCAAACUUUCAGAGCAAUUAUGUACAAACAGACGGAAAUAAUAUUAUAAAGGUGAUAAAAGCUAACAAUGACAACAACGAUAGCGAUGAUAACAACGGAGGAGAAACCCAUGAUUAUGGUUCUAAUGAUACAACGGGCAGGUCAACACCAAGAAAUAUGUCAACUACGGAAUUAUACGUUAAUUUGGAUUCAAUUAAAAAGUCGCAUAAAAAGAAUAAACGUGGGAAUAGUUCGCGAAAAGGUUUGAAUUUGUUCAGGAAUAAUUUUUGCACGGAAGAAGAAAACGAAAUGUCGACAGAAUGCACCGAAAGUGCUAUGCAUAGUGCAUCGGAGCUUUCAAACAACGAUAUAACGAGUAAAUCUAUCAACGAUAAAUCAAUCGAUUACGAUAGUACAGACGAUUCAACUAGUCUUGUUGUUAUUGACAAUGAGAAGUGUGCGAGUACUAGCAUGGAAAAUGAAUUGUUGAAUACGACUCCACCGAAUUGUUUGAAAACGAAAAGCUAUAUCAGACUGAUACAGGAUACCUCGAUUAAGCGAUCACAUAAAAAGGUUCGGGAUCAAAAGAAGCAGGAAAUAACGAUCGAGACAGACGAAUUAUCGGACGAUGGGUCCAUAUUUGGCGAAGAAGAAAAGUUAGAUUGUACUCAAGAUCUAUCUACGCAUCAUGAAUAAUCAUCUUGAUGAAAUGAAUCGCGGUGAGUGUAAACGCAUUAACUUACGUAUAUGUUCAACGCUUACAUUAACGUAUAUGAAAACUUUUGAGAACUUGCCGGAUACUUUCCUAUAG